AUGUCUGAGCUUUGUGCAAAUAUUGGGUCUGGGAUUUUUGGAGACCUCUAUCAACCAUGCAAACUAAUUCUGCUGCUUAUCCUGUCUUUCUCAGACCGCCCUGGUAUGCUGGACUUCAAAGGCAAAGCAAAGUGGGAUGCCUGGAACGCAUUGAAAGGAAUGUCCAAAGAAGAUGCAAUGAAAGCUUACAUAGAAAAAGUGGAAGAACUAAAGGGCAAAUACGGCAUCUGAGGACUGGAUAUAGCAGCCACUUGCACACCUGAAACAUGCCUUAUUUCUAAUACUGUGGAAAACUGGUUUCUGACAAUAAUUUUAAAUACCUAAUCUAUUAUAGUCGGUUUUCCUCAUGCCUGUAGUUCAGGGGAAGUUGUGUACCUGCCUAAUGUACUGACACGUUACAAAUUCCUUCUGGGAACAAAAUCUGGAACUCAUUAAAGUGCAUUUGGUACUUUA